AAAUCAUCUCCAAGACGUAUCAAUAUCAUCAUCAAUCCACCAAUGAAAAGUUCUCUCUUUUUUUUUCCCACUCUUACUCUGUUCUCGCUACAGAAUCUCCUGGGAAAAAAAAAAAAGAAACUUGAUCCACCCGAAUUCCCCAAAUCUUCACAAUUUCUGGAAACUCUCUCGAUCGUGAAGCAGAAAAGUGAGGUUCCAAAUGGGUUCUGUUUCGGGUCAAACCCGAAUUACAACGAUGAACCUCUCGCUCUCAACAGCAGAGAAGAACCCUAAUUUCCGCUCGUCGCUUCUCAAUUCUAAGAACGCAAUUUCAGAUACUUUAGGGGUCUCUUCCAAAUGCAGUACAUUCCUCAGGGGUCAAUUUCAAAGAAUACAUUUUUCUUGGCUACAACACACUCGACCUUUGAGAAAACGAACAGUAUUUGGUCACGUGAGCUGCGUCAUGCCGUUAACGGAAGAGAAUGUGGAGAGAGUGUUAGACGAAGUACGACCAUCUCUAAUGGCCGACGGAGGAAACGUGGCGUUGCACGAAAUCGACGGACUUGUGGUGGUUUUAAAGCUACAAGGAGCUUGUGGUUCGUGUCCUAGCUCAUCAAUGACGUUGAAGAUGGGAAUCGAGAGUCGUCUUCGAGACAAGAUUCCAGAGAUCAUGUCCGUUGAGCAGUUUCUUGAAUCCGAGACAGGAGGUUUAGAGCUGAACGAUGAGAACAUUGAGAAGGUUCUCUCUGAGUUAAGGCCGUACCUAUCCGGUACUGGAGGUGGGGGGCUUGAGUUAGUUGAGAUUGAUGGUUACGUGGUCAAGGUUCGACUCACUGGACCAGCUGCUGGAGUCAUGACUGUUCGUGUCGCGUUGACUCAAAAACUGAGGGAAACAAUUCCUUCUAUAGGUGCAGUCCAGCUUCUAGAGUGACAUUAACCUUUUUAUUUUGUAACUUAUAUACAAGGCCUAUUUUUGAUUCAAUAUAUUUUAUUUCCAAUUAUAUAAUUAGUACAACUAAUACAAUAACCAUUUCUGUUGAAGAAAAAGGAAAAGAAAAAAAAAGUAUCCUAUGUAUGAAGGACAUUUUCUCUAGUGAUCCUUGUUUUUAGGUAACAGUUAUAAAAUAUUCAUGACUUGACUACACAAAGAUAAUCGAACUUAAAGAGUU